GGAAUUAUACUUGCGUAUCUGACAAGAAAAGGAGAUAUGUAAGGGGGCGUCAUACCGCUCCUCCUCUCCUGAUCCUCUCCUACGCUACCAUCAAGAUUCUCGGGCGUGGUACAGCUAGUCAAAUAUCUCAACAGUAUCUUGCAUCUCAUCACAUCUCCGCAGUAAGGGCACGAAAGGAGUGAUAGAUUGGAUACACUAACACGGCAUAAGCCGUAAGAUCUCCCCAGAUACUGUAUCAAGACACCAGUCUAGUAUCCCAUGCCAGAGUUUGUGGCCAUCACUUCUAAUACUAUCUUUUUAGAAUCGUCUUCUUUGAUUCAAACUAAUCCAUCUGAUUCAAAAUGGGCGAUACCAGCAACACCAACUGGAAUGAUGAGACUGGAAUUGGCGGUGCGGCUUUAUAUGAUUUAAGGAGAGCUAGGAGACGGCUGGAUACUCUCGCUGGCAAACCCAAGUGGGAUCUCAGCGACACAGAGGAUUUUGAUUGCAUGCACUAUCUAGGCGAUGCUGCCCUGGAAAAAGCAUGCCGGACAUUGGGCAUGGAACGUGGACAGACAGUUGUCGACAUCGGUUCAGGCUUCAGCGCCACCGGCCGCUAUUUGCACAAGCGGUGUGGCGUUGAAGUCACGGGCAUCGAGCUACAGCCCGAAAUUCACCAGCUCGCCGAGAUGAUCACCGAGCGAAACGGUCUCGCAGGAGGUGUGCGCUCAGUUAACGCAGACUUUACAAAGCUCACAGUGGAUAACCCUGUGGACUACGUUGUCUCGUUCCUAUGCAUUCUACACAUCCCUGACAGGGACACCCUGUUCCAAAAAGCAGCCAGUGCCCUGAAGCUAGGAGGUAAAAUCUACAUUGAGGAUUAUUUCGCUCGAACGGCGCUCAGCAAGGAGGUUGGAGACCAAUUGCGCGACAUUGUGUCUUGUCCUUACCUACCGAGCCGUGACCAGUACAUAGCCGAUCUGAGAAAGGCAGGAUUUCACAACAUUCAGUUUGAGGAAGUCUCAGAAGAAUGGGCCAAGUUUGUGCACGAAAGAGCAGUCGGCAAUCGACAAAGAGGGACAGGCGAGGCACCACUUACUCUAUUCUACGAUACGGUUGACGCAUUGUUUGCCGGUCGUGAGCUCGGGGGUGUGUGCAUUACGGCCACCAAAGCAUAAGAUUUGGAAUCGUUAAAUUGAUUCGGGGAGGGGAUUGCAUUCAAUACACCGGUUUUAUUAUCCAAACACCCCAGCUGUAGCUAAAGCCAUAAACUACUACGAUUACAUAUACCUACACUAGUAUCCUACUGCCUCUACUGCCUCUACUGCUGUUUAUUAUUCUUAUGUUUUCUAUUUUAGUUAAAUAUUCUCAUGUAUGGACUUACUGCUUCGCUGGGUGACGGCUAGGUUGCUAGAUAAUGAAAC